AGAGUAGAGGCAGAAAGUGGACUAAGUUCAAUGAGCGCACUCACUCAGUCAGCACCAUGCUAACUGUGACUGUGAGAGAUGUGACCAGCGCAGGACUCCUGUUGUGUCUGGACGCCUGAAGUCCAAACCUUGCAAUCCUUCCCAGUUUGUUUCUGAAUUUGGAACCCGCCACUGAGCAUUACCGCCUGGGCUCCGGCCAUUUGAAGGAGAGUUUGCUAUUUGCUAGCUUUUGGACCAUUCUUUUUCGGGCGAUGAGUGAAAGGAGGCGAUCAGCAGCUGCCCUGAGUUCAAGGGCUCACGCCUUCUCGGUGGAAGCACUGAUCGGGACAAAUAAAAAGCGGAAAAUUCAGGAAUGGGGCGAGAAGACCAUGGAACUGAGUGUGGACAGUAUAAACCCGGACUCGGACCUUGCAGACACAGUGGAUUCAAGCCAGUGUAUGGAGAUCAACCCCGAGUCCCAACUGAGCUCAGAUCAGGAACACAGCCCAGGAGCAGACGGUGAGAGUCCAACCCAACAUACUGCUUGUUCCUACAGCUCUCCUGCAGAACUCACUCCGAACUCCACCACAUCUCUUCCAACCUCCUCCAUGGAUGAGAUUCAGAUGGAAUUGCAAUGUGUUGAUCUUUGGAAAAGAUUUCACGACAUUGGCACUGAAAUGAUUAUUACCAAAGCUGGAAGGCGAAUGUUCCCAGCAAUUAGAGUGAAAAUCACAGGGCUGGAUCCUCAUCAGCAAUACUAUAUAGCAAUGGAUAUCAUUCCUGUUGACAACAAGAGAUACCGAUAUGUUUAUCACAGUUCAAAGUGGAUGGUGGCUGGAAAUGCAGAUUCACCAGUGCCUCCUCGGGUCUACAUACAUCCAGAUUCUCUAGCUUCUGGUGACACAUGGAUGCGACAAGUCAUCAGCUUUGAUAAACUCAAACUUACAAACAAUGAGUUGGAUGAUCAAGGACAUAUAAUUCUUCAUUCCAUGCAUAAGUACCAGCCGCGGGUGCAUGUGAUCCGAAAGGACUUCAGCAGCGAGCUAUGCCCAACCAAGCCUGUGCCUGCAGGAGAGGGGGUAAAAACAUUCACUUUCCCGGAGACCGUCUUCACCACAGUUACAGCAUAUCAGAACCAGCAGAUUACAAGGCUGAAGAUCGACAGAAAUCCGUUUGCCAAAGGAUUCCGAGACUCCGGCAGAAACAGAACUGGCUUAGAGGCCAUUAUGGAGACAUAUGCCUUCUGGAGACCGCCUGUUCGGACCCUCACAUUUGAGGAUUUUACCAACAUGCAAAAGCAACAAGGAGGUAGUACUGGAACAUCACCAACAACUUCUAGUCCAGGAACUCCAUCCCCUUCAGCGUCUUCCCAUCUACUGUCUCCAUCCUGCUCCCCGCCUACUUUCCACCUGGCCCCCAACACUUUUAAUGUUGGCUGCAGGGAAAGUCAAUUCUGCAACCUCAACCUCUCUGAAUAUCCAGCCUGUGCCCGAGGCAACAUGGCUACCCUGCAGAGUUAUCCAGCUCUAGCUGAGGGUGGAUAUAAUCGACUACAAGGUCCCAGUGCUUCUUCUCAACCACCGUCAGAAACAUUUGUUCCACAGAAGACAUCUUCACUAAUCUCUGCAGUACCCACCCCUUCUUCUCUGCAAGGCAACAACAAGAUGGAUGCUUACAGCAGUCAACUCCCACCAUUUACUGCUUCCCAGUUUCAGUACGUCAUGCAAACAGGAAGUCCUAAUUCUAACACCUCUUCAUCUCACAUGUUUAGUGGUAGUCAUGUCCAACAGAGUUCCUACAAUGCCUUCUCAUUACACAACCCAUAUAACCUUUAUGGUUACAACUUCUCUGCCUCCCCCAGACUGGCAGCCGGCCCUGAGAAACUUAAUGCCUCCCAAAGCACUUUACUCUGCUCCUCUUCUCCCAAUGGGGCCUUCAGCGAGAGACAGUUCUUGUCCACGGGAAUGGAUGGGAUGCAUGUGAUUGGCUCCACUCCUUCCCAGCAGCCUCAGAAUACUUGUGACACCAGACAAUAUGGGACUGUCCCAGGGAAUUCUUCUCAAAUGUCAGUGCAUAUGGUAUAAAAAGAAUAUUUAACAAAAAGUCUUUACCUGAGUUUGUCCAUACACACGUAGCACUAUGCACUAGUGGUUGAUGUCAAUACUAGCAGCAGUAAAAUUAUGUCUCCAAAGCGUAUUAAUAUUAAUCUUCCCAAUUUCAGUUAAAAUCCUACAAGGACCCAGAACACAAUGGUCUUUGAAACUGUAAUGAUAUUGGGAGAAACAAGCCCUAAGUAAAACUAUAUUGAACACAGAAAAUGUAAAUGUAAUUGGGUAUCUAUCAUUGUCUAGAAUGUGAUAUUUACCCUGUUACACAGCAUACAGAACAAAUACAGAAUUCUGCUUCAAUAAGCAGCAUGAUUUCCCAAAAUUGGACAAAUGCCUGUCCCUUGCAGCAACACGUGUGAUUUGCACUGAAAUAUAUUGAAAUAUAUCCUGACAAAGUAUAUUGUCUAGUUUUGAGGAAAAACUGGUUACCUUUCUCAAUACUAAUAAGUAUUAUGUUCUCAUUUAGGUUCCUUCCUGUAUUCCAUAUUGUUGUGUUCAGAGCUGUCCAAUCAGGAAGUUGUACUGUAGCAUUUCAAAAAUGGCCCAUUCCGAUGUCACUUUGGUGUUUGGCCCUGAAAAGAAGACCAUUGUUUAAGUUUCUAAGAAACAAGCUAACUUGUCUUUUUAUUUUCCUUUUCUUUUGCAAUUUUGCAAAACUGUAGUGUUGACAAUUUCAAUAACUGACUCAAACAACAUGUAGAAAACACAGUGUAUGUAUUUGAAUUCAAUGUGAAGAAAAUGCGAACAUUUCUAAUCAAUGCUGGAAAAGCUAUUAAUAGUGAAACAUGAUUACUUCUAAACUGCUUGUUUUAAUCAACAGUGCACUCAUCAAAAUGGAGGAUAAUGUUGUGCAAAGAGCAAAAGUUUUUAAUGAACCCAAUUAGAUAAUAAGUCUAUAAGGUUGUCCCAUUGGGCUCCUUAACUUGGGUGGGCCAUAUUAACUAGCAGAAAGGCACACAAAAUUUACUCAAUCUCUGACUCUUAGGACACCAAAGAUUCACCAAAAGAAGAAUAAGCACUUACUAAGAUGGUCACAGAACUUGGUGAACUAUCUGCAAAGAAACUCUUGACUCUUUUGUGCUAAGUGUUUGGAUCUGCUAAUCUAAUAACAAGAACUUCUUCCAGUUCAAAUAAUUGUGCUUGUAAAGAAGCAACCUCCUGUAAACGGAUCUGUACAUGAAAUUAAAAAAAAA